UUAGCUCCACUCCUCCGUCGCUGUUUCCUCCUGUCUGUCUCUGCUGCGUUUUCUUGACCUACAUCGGCCGAGUCAAGCGCAUUCCGUGUCUACAUGCCAGAUGAUGCGCUGAGGGUGGUUUUUCAGAAACACCACCCGCUAUGCAGUGCUUUCGCUCGGUGCUCGGCGUGUAGGUGUCCGUCUGCGGGUAGACCGUGUCCAGAGAUCAGGAAGCCGAAGAAAAGAGAACUGAGAGCGGACAGGAGGCCACGGUUCCCCCUCACACACAUACACACAUCACCGCGGCCUUGAUGGUGAUGUAUGCAAGGAAACCAGCAAGAGUCAGCGAUGGGUGCAACGACAGAAGGGAUUCGCAAUCCUAUCAGACCCAUAAAUCUCAGCCAAAGAGCCAGUCCAGCAGCCUUCACCGUUACGACAAGGUGCGUGAUGGCUCAACGGAUCCCACACCCCCUUACAAGUUGUUGCGACGAUCAGAUGAAAGUCCUGUCAACAGACAUGGAGACAGCACAGGCCAUGGAAAGGCAAAAAGUUCCCACACACUCAGAGGAAAAAAUGGGACAAGCGGCUCUCCUCAGGAGAACUCUCACAACAACAGCUCCCACCACGGCUCUGACUCUCAUGCCACUCAGAGCAAGCCUGCAGACAGGCAUCAGGACCCAGCAGAUGACUGGACAGAACAUAUCAGUUCCUCUGGGAAGAAGUACUACUACAACUGUAGGACUGAGGUCUCCCAGUGGGAGAAGCCCAAGGACCUGUUGGAGAGAGAACAACGACAAAAAGACUCAGUCAAGAUGGCGGCAAACAGUUUCCCCAGGGACAUGGACUACAGACAGGAGGCCUUGCAGGACAAAGCCACAUCAAAGACAACUUCAGGGGACCAGUCCACAUCAUCCAACUCCGGCCAUUCCUCCUCUUCCUCCUCUUCUCAGAGCCUGAACUCUGCUCCUGGUGCUUUAGGUUCCACUCCCUCCACCUUGUCCUCCUCUUCCUCCUCUUCCUCGUCCACGGGCCAGUUGCCCCAGUGUGUCCAGUCCCAGUCACCAGCUCUGCUCCAGGACCCAGCGAUCCUGCAUCAGCUGCUCCCCGCCCUGCAGGCGACGCUGCAAAUGAACAAUGGCAAUAUGGACGUCACCAAGCUCAAUGAAGUCUUGGCAGCUGCUGUCACCCAAGCUUCCUUGCGGUCUGUGCUUAGUAAGCUCUUCAAUGCUGGACCCGCUUUCAACAUCACUGCUCUGCUCUCAGCCGCUCAGCACUCCAACCAAGCCCAGCACUCCAGUCAGUCCCCCGUCUCUUUGACGUCAGAUGCAUCUUCGCCACGGCCCUAUGUCUCGCCACGGAAUGGCACGCCGCAAAGCAACCAGAAGUCUGCUCUGGGUGGGCACCCUGGCAGCAUCACGUCCUCACAAAGCAGAGGUGGUAUGUCUUCAGGCAAACAGGGAUCAGUCACCCUGCCACAAAUGGCAGAGAAGCGUCCAGAGGACCCCAGAACUCUCCAGCAAAGAAGCAGCCAGGAGAUUCUGUGCUCGGGAUCAAACAUAUCCACCGCCGCGUUGCCCCACAUUCCCUCCAGCAGCGGCAGCCAAACCCAGGCCGACAUCCCCGGCUCCUUCACUCCCACCCUGGCAGCUCAUUUCGAUGAGAACCUCAUCAGACAUAUCCAAGGAUGGCCUUCAGAGAACACUGAGAAACAGGCGGCACGGUUGCGGGAGGACAUCCACAACAUGGGCAGCUUGUACAUGUCUGAGAUCUGUACAGAGAUGAAAAACCUUCGCUCCCUGGUCCGAGUCUGUGAAAUUCAGGCCACACUGCGGGAACAGAGAAUCCUGUUUCUGAGGCAGCAGAGCAAAGAGCUAGACAAGCUGAAGAACCAGAACUCGUACAUGGUCUGAGGACCUGAGCAGAGAAUACAGGACUGGGAUGGAUGGAUCAAAAUAACACAAAUAGAGGAAUAGACAUGGACGGCAAUCGGCUACAGCCUGUUUAUUCUCCUGGUAAAAGCAAACCUGAGAGACGCUGUUCAUAACCAGCAGCUGACGAGGUGACACCCAUUCAUCCUGUCUUGUUUUGUUUUUUUUGUUUUUUUUGUUAGUUUCCAUUAUUUUAAGUUAGUUUUUUUUUCUACUGUCCACCACAUGACUUGUUCUUUCUGAAAAAGGUGAAACUGUUCAUUCACCAAGUCGGACACUUUAACCAGUGGACACAAAAGGACCUGAGGGUUUUUUUUUGUUUUUUUUUUUAUUUCAAGCGGCACCUUUUGGACUGUGAACCUUGGAUUGUGUGUAUUGUAUUGGGUUAACUUGUUUUCUGGUGUGUUUUUUGAUGUGUAGUUGUCAGGAAAAGAUUACAUAAAUUAAAAGCAGGACCAUCUCAUGAGUGGUGUGUAACAGUUCUCUGGUGGAGGGGGCUUGGGGGGUGGGGGGGCUUGGGUUGAACAAACCUGACCCCACACCUACGACUUCUCCAAACUUCUCACACAACACACACGCAUUGAAACGGACUCAUUCAACUGUUUUCUGUCCAAAUGAUUGAAUCCACAUGAGAUUAGCGAAGACCUUUGGCCAGACUAAGACUAUACCAGAGAGUGUGUGUGUCGCUUCUUUCAUCCCGCUCGGUUUGGACUCUGGGACCAGUUGGUUUUCGACAAACACGCUCCAAAACAUUUCCCUACAUUAUCGGACCUAGGUUUGGCUGCUAGUACGUAUGAGGCUGCAUUCGUUUGUAGCCCCGCUGGCCAUUUUCUUAUCCCCCCUCUUCUGCAAUUUGUCUUUUCUUUUUUGUAUAAUUGUCAGCAUUUUGUUGCUUCCCCCAAGUUGAACUGGGGAAAUAUUUCAUUCCUUUGUGCAUCUUUAGAAAGAGAUUGUGUAAAAGAAUAGACAAGUGACUAAGUUUACAGUCAUUCAAAGCUAAAUUAUUGUUGCACAUGGUUGAUUACGUCCUUGUAGUCAGAAAUGCAAAGAUCAACGGAAAGACUUCUUCGAAAAAAAAGCUUGUCGUUUUAUUUGUCGAGUUCUCACAGCUGCAGCCUCGUCAUCAAACUGACUUUUACGAUGCGUGGGUUUGCGUUUUAUACGAACAGGAAAUAUUAAACAUUAAACUCCAGUCAAACACUUAAACACA